AUGACAAAAAUUAAGGCUGGGGACCUUCUUGGCAAGAAGGAGGAGCUGCUAAAACACCUGGAUGAUCUGAAGGUAGAGCUAUCCCAGCUGCGGCGUGUAGCCAAAGUGACAGGCAGCACAACUUUCAAGCUUUCGAAGAUCCGAGUUGUUGGCAAGUCUAUCACCCAUGUUCUUACCGUCAUUAACCAGACUCAGAAAGAAAGCCUCAGGAAAUUCUACAAGGGAAAGAAGUACAAGCCCCUGGAUCUACGGCCCAAGAAAACAUGUGCCAUGCGCCUCCAUCUCAACAAGCAUGAAGAGAAUCUGAAGACCAAGAAGCAGCAGCAGAAGGAGCAGCUAUACCCCCUGCAGAAGUACACAGUCAAGGCCUGA